GUUUAUCUUAAAACUUUAAGCCAUGGAGGCAGCAAUCGACUUGCAAGUUUGCAGAGAACAAUCUUUUAAGUUCUUAGACCUCUUCUGGCAACAAGUGGCUACUUUUCUACGAAGAAAUGUCGGAAGUGCGCCCUCUAUCGUCACAACAAAACUGGUAAACAUUUUGAUGUACAGAAUCUUGGGUUUGAGAUCGUUCCUUUCUACUGCCGUAAAGUGCCGUUUUCCUCAAAAAGCACAUCGUCUUUUGUGUUCGAUAAGAAUUGUCCAAUCUUACAAGAUGAUUAAGUACCCAGCUGCACGUAGAGAUGAGAGCAUUGUUGACGAUUACAACGGCACAAAGGUGCCAGAUCCAUAUGCCUGGUUGGAGGAUCCAGAUGGCGAGGAAACCAAAGCCUUUGUGGAUGCACAGAAUGACAUCACAAUGCCCUUCUUGGAGAAAUGUGCAACGAGAAAACCAUUUCAUGAUAGGCUCAAACAACUGUGGGACUUUCCGAAGUACGGUUGCCCCUUCAAGCGUGGCUCACGCUAUUUCUACUUCAUGAACACAGGACUUCAGAACCAAAGUGUUUUGUAUGUGCAAGAUUCCUUGGAUGCUGAACCGAGAGUGUUCCUAGAUCCAAAUACGUUCUCAGAAGAUGGUACGGUGGCCCUAAGAGGACAUGCAUUCUCUGAGGAUGGAGCCUACCUUGCUUAUGGGCUCAGCACCGGUGGCUCAGAUUGGGUCAAAAUCAAGUUCAUGGAUGUUGCUAAAGGAGAACAACUUCCGGACACUUUGGACAGAGUCAAGUUCAGCUGCAUGGGCUGGACACAUGAUGGCAAGGGUCUCUUCUAUAAUUAUUACUUGGAGCAAGAAGGCAAGGCUGACGGCACCGAGACGACCUCCAACAUCAACCAGAAGCUGCAAUACCACGUUCUUGGAACCAAGCAAUCUGAAGAUAUCCUCUGUGCCGAGUUUCCUCAUGAACCAAAAUGGAUGAGUGGUGCUGAAGUGAGUGAUGAUGGUCGUUACAUUGUCCUUAGCAUCAGGCAAGGAUGUGACCCUGUCAACAGACUCUACUACUGUGAUUUGGAAUCCAUUGACAAUAAGAUUACUGGACUCCUGCCAUGGGUCAAACUGAUUGACAAUUUUGAUGCCGAGUACGAGUACAUCACCAACGAGGGCACCGUCUUCAGCUUCAAGACUAACCUGAAAUCACCCAAAUAUAAACUCAUCAAUAUAGACUUGGCACAGCCAGACAUGGACAAGUGGAAAGACCUGGUGCCAGAGUCGGACACCGAUGUCUUGGAGUGGGCUGCCUGUGUAUCCAAUGAUAAACUGGUACUGUGUUAUCUGCAUGAUGUUAAGAAUGUUCUACACCUUCACUUGUUGAGUUCAGGAGACAGACUGAAGACAUUCCCUCUGGAUGUUGGAACCAUCACUGGCUACUCGGGGCGUAAGAAAGACACACAGAUAUUCUAUCAAUUCACAUCAUUCCUGACACCGGGGGUCAUCUACAGAUGUGAGGUCAACCAGGCAGCAAUCGAACCCAAGACAUUCAGGGAAAUCAAGGUGAAGGGGUUCGACCCCACACUCUACCAAACCUCACAGGUCUUCUAUGAGAGCAAAGAUGGAAAGAAGAUCCCAAUGUUUCUUGUGCACAGAAAGGGUAUAGAGAUGACAGGGAAUCACCCUGUGCUCCUGUACGGCUAUGGUGGAUUCAACAUCUCCAUCACACCAAGUUUCAGUGUAUCUAGACUUGUAUUCAUCCACCAUCUUGGUGGCAUUCUGGCCGUUGCAAAUAUACGUGGAGGCGGAGAGUACGGGGAGACAUGGCACAAAGAUGGUAUGCUUGGCAAUAAACAGAACGUGUUUGAUGACUUCCAGUACGCUGCAGAAUAUCUGAUCAAGAAUAAGUACACCAAUGCUAAAAGAAUAGCUAUUAAUGGCGGAUCCAACGGAGGUUUGCUGGUUGCAGCGUGUGCCAAUCAGCGCCCAGAUUUAUUUGGAUGUGUCAUCAACCAAGUUGGGGUCCUGGACAUGCUGAAGUUUCAUAAAUUUACCAUCGGUCAUGCCUGGACGACAGACUAUGGCUGUGCUGACAAGAAGGAGGAAUUUGAUUGGCUAAUCCAGUACUCGCCUCUACACAAUAUUAAAGUUCCAUAUGAUGGUGACGUACAGUAUCCGAGUACGAUGCUUCUAACUGGAGACCAUGAUGACCGGGUCGUUCCUCUACACUCUCUCAAGUACAUUGCUAAUCUACAGCAUAUUAUGGGAGCUGUUGGGAAGCAGACCAACCCACUGUUUAUACGGGUAGACACUAAAUCAGGACAUGGCGCUGGCAAGCCGACUGCAAAAGUGAUUGAGGAAUACUCCGAUAUCUAUGCAUUCAUCGCAGAAACACUUGGGAUUCAGUGGCAAGAAUAAGAUAUACACGGAACUUUAUCUACAACUUCAAAUUACUUCAAUUCUGACAUAAACCAAUGAUGCAAAGAGAGAUUAUACAAACAGGUUAGGAUUUGUAUCAUUGUUCUCCAACGGAUUCUACUUGAGUUACCAAUAAGGUUCUACUUAGGAAGAAACUAUCAAUAAACAGUAAAUUUUGUACAACCAUAUGUAAAUCUCUUUUGUGAGAGUGUGAGCGUGAGCUUUGGUGGGGUCUUGACGUUUUGAACAGUGCUCGUCUUCAACAGUUUACUGUUUGUCUCUGCAACAUACACACAAAAGACAUUUCCACAUGGUUGUACCCGCAAGUUCACUAUUUUUUAUUUAUUUAUAGUUUUUUCCUAUUUAUCCGCACCAUGAAAAACUUCAAACAAUACUUAAAGACACUGGAAACUAUUGGUAAUUGUCAAAGACCAUUCUUCUCACUUGGUGUAUAAA